AACGAACGAAGUAAUGAUGAUGAAUGAUCUGAUUUGACACGUCUGUUUUUACGAGAAUAUAACGCUUUAACGGCCUCAUGUAUCUAUCAAAUGCUCCUCUCUUUUUGUUUUUUUUUCAAUGUGGCUUCAAGUACGCAGACUGAAAUAGACAAUGCCGGCAUUCGGCCGAAGGAUCUCGCAGAUUUGAUAGAUCGUCCCGUUCAGGGAGAAUUCCAGGUUCAAAUGCCGAUCUCUGCGUGCCUGCCUUGGAUGAAGAUGCGUCUUCCAGGAAAGGCAAAUGCCGGACGUAAACAUGUGCAGAUCUGCAGCCCCAACAGCCGAACGAUACAUGAGCCAAUCCAAACCGACAGACAGGUCGAGCAUUGUACUUUCUCACUCACCGUAGAGGGAACAGCUGUCUUUCUUCAAAUGUUCGCAUUGGAUGUAUCUUGCAUGGUCCUCGGUUCCAAGUACUUACUGUAGUAAGCCCACUUGCAUUGAAGGCAGCCAAAACUAAAAAAAAAGGCAGCGACUAG